CUGCUGCUAAAUACUGCAGGCUCAUUGAAAUGAAAGAAUGGCGGAACAAUUUUGGGGAUUAAGCUAUAAGCAAUUACAGGCGAAUUUUGUUAGUAAUCUCAAUGGAACUUCACUUCUUGAGAUAUCAUUACUUACGUCUAUUGCACCAUUGGCUGUUUUGUUAAGAUCAUGUAUUGGUGCUCUUUUGUGGGCGAAUAUGGCGUCGCGGUCGCCGGUGUCUUCGAGCUUUGUUUUUAUACUGGAUUACAUCAUAUUGAUUCUCCCACUGGUUUUUGUCUCCACAAUCCUGUCAAGCUGCAUCAUAACAACACUUGUAACACUGAGUGUUAUAAUAACCACUUGCUUGAUUUUAUCAUGCAUCAUAAUUACAAAUAAUAACUCAGAAAACUCAUCUCAUCAGCAAGAUCCCAAACGUCAAUCAUUUAUAUGUAACUACAGAGCGUAUAUUGUCAUUGCUACAGCAGUUUCUAUACUUGCUGUUGACUUCAAUAUUUUCCCAAGGCGGUUUGCUAAAGCUGAGACAUAUGGCUCAGGGUUUAUGGAUGUUGGAGUUGGUUCGUUUAUUGUUUCUAAUGCCAUUGUUUCACCAGAGGCAAGGUCAAUUAGGAAGAAUGCAGGAAGUCGGUUAAAGUGUACAAUUCAAUCAAUUAGGAGUUCUAUUCCACUAUUGGUUUUGGGUCUAGCAAGAUUUCUAGCAGUUAAAAGUACAGAUUAUCAAGAGCAUAUCAGUGAAUAUGGAGUACACUGGAACUUUUUUAUCACUCUUUUCAUAGUAAAGGUUUUAUCCACCAUUUUAGUUCAACUACCAAUACUCAGCAAUCCCUGUACUUAUGGUCUUACUGGCUUUAUAAUAGCAAUCUUCUAUCAACUAUCUUUGACUAGAUGGGGUCUAGAAUACUUUGUUAUCAAUGGUAGCAGUGUCAGUGGUAUAAGAUAUGGAUUUGUUGAUGCCAAUAGAGAGGGAUUGUCAUCAUGUUUCGGGUAUCUAGCUUUGUAUUUUAUGGGUUUACAACUUGGAAGAUUUCUGUUUACAAAAAAAAGAAACUGUUGGUAUACAGCCUUCCUGCUUCUUGUUUUGGAUGUCAUUUUGUGGAUACUCACUGUCACCAGCCGUCAUUAUGUUACACCAGUCUCUAGAAGAAUGGCAAACAUCACCUUUAUAUUUUGGCAGAUGGCCUACAAUGUCCAAUUUCUUGUCAGUUUCCUGUUGGUUGAUAUUAUUUCCAUGAUUGUUUUGCCAAAGGAUGUCAAACCAGCUGGUUGUGAAGUAUGUUACUCAAGUCCUAAUUCACUCACACGAGACCCAAUCAGACUUCUGCAUUGUUCAUGUUUGAUUGCUGCAAUAAAUCGCAGUCAACUUGCAUAUUUCCUUGUAGCAAACUUGUUUACUGGUAUAGUCAAUUUUUCUGUGAAGACUUUAUUCUGUACUCAUACUCAGAGUCUUUUGAUCAUUUGUGGGUACAUGUUUGUGAUGAGUUCAGUAUUUACGCUUCUACAUUUUUUAGGUAUUACUGUAAAAUUGCAUCAUUGAAUGAUAGGUGAAAAUACAUGCUUACAAGUUAACCAGGAGUAGCUUAGGAAUUUAAUUAGCAUAGCAUUUCAUGAGAAGCCAGAAAGAAUAAUAUGACAAUGUUAACACAAAAUGAAAAUAUUUUUUGAUACAACAGGUCAACGGAAUUCCUUUGUUUUCUAUAAACUUCAGGCUCAUCUUUUAGGCAUGUAUCAUCGGUUAAAUUAAGAAUUGCUAUGGUCAUCUAUUAAGAUCUGAAUUGUUUUGAAGUCACAAGAUGAGCCCAAGCCUGAUAAACAUGGUUGCACUAAAAGUAUUAUGUAAUACUCUAGACAUUUCCUUUUGUCUCAAAUCAAUAGAUUUCCAAAAAGUUCCAAAAAGCACUGAUAAAUACAUGCAGCUUGAAAGCUAAGAAGAUAAUCUAAAACUCACACUGACAACGGAAUUUAAUAUUAUAUAAUAUAUUUAUUCCCCAACUAUAAGUAAAAAGUAUAUAAUUAACAAUUUUAUAUUGCUAGUAGAAUUUAAUAUAUUUAUUUAAUAGACAUUAAGAUUUAUAUGUUAUGAUCUUAAUGUAUAGUUUCAAAUAAAAAGUUGUGUAAAUUGGCCUUUUUUCACGUAGAUUGAUUUCAUGUCAAAUAAAGGAAGAAAUGUUUGUAUUAAUUAGCUCAAUGCAUGUAUGAUAAUAUCAAGGUAAAAUAAUUUAUUCAUAUGGAAAUAUGAAAUAAAAUAUAAAAAACA